AUGAAGAACGAGAUGCCAAGUUCCAAAGUGGGUCGAUUUUUCCGGUGCCACCAAAAGCAGGUGAUUCCGCAGUUGGUGCGCAACGCCUGGGGUGUGCAACAACGCUUGCUGGAAAAUCAUGUCUUGGCGGAAGAGAGGUGCUUGGCGCUGCGUUGGAACCAGUGGCAAGAGGACACCUUCUAUGUUGCUGUAACCAACGUGUGGCGUCGUGCGCUGGAAAGCUAUCACCUUUGGGUAGGUCAGCCGCGUGAUGCGCGGAAGGAUGUGGUGGUCAUGUUCCAAGAGACGCUCUUGUUCUACACCUUGCAGGCUGUUGCAGAGCAGGUCAUGCACUGUCCCGAGAUCAUGAAUACGUUCUUUCAUUUGCUCAUCUCGGAAGAAACUGGAAAUAUCCUGCGAUAUGAUUUGCUGUGCAAAAUCAUUGACGAGUACAUCCACAACAGCGACCCCUUUUACACUCGUGGUUUGACCUUGGAUGACAUCAACGAUUCCGUGCCUCGUCGACUGGGGAAGACCACCUUGGAACAGCUGGAGAGGAAAUUGAAGUAUUGUACCUACAAGGGUUUCUUCAUGUCCAAGAUGUAUCCAGCGUGGCAUUGCUGCUGGGAUCAAACUGACCAUGGACUUUCGCCCGGCCUUCGAGCUGAAGGGUCGGACACAGGGAGGGUGGGAGCUGAGUUUGGAUGA